AUCAGCUCAGUGGCCGGCUGUUUGCUGGCAUGUUUGGCUCUCUUUCUUGUCUGGAUAGCAAACAGAUGUUGUCUGCAAAGGUCUGCCUACUGCUGGUCCAGGGCCUUCUGUGAAUGCUAACAGAACACAGUUUACUGCAAACCAGCCAACCAGACUAAAAUCUGCAUUGAGCACUCAAUCAUUAUCUGACAGAUUUUGAAUUGCUCAUCAUUUUCAUUUUUGGGUUUUCUUGAAACCACUGCCUAGUUUCUUUGCUGAUUUUAGAUUUACCAUUCUUCAGUGUAGGAGAUACUGACAUCAAAGAUAUGUAUGAAUGCUUCUCUGUAUGUAUCACUACCCCAGCGCUAUCAAAAAUUAGACAUGUUUCUCAGCUGCUUAUUAGGUUUCACAUUAUGUGUUUCCCUUUCAAAUAAUUGCCACUGGAGGAAAAAAAGAAGCAAUUAAGUAGUAACAAGCAGACAUUACCUUUGAGAUGCAUCUCUGUGCAAAUCCCUCCGCCAGGUUGGGACAACCUAGGGGCACAGCAGAUUAACUGGCUUGAAGAUCACUUAAUAAAAAAAAAAAAAUGACUACUUGUAAUUGAAAGUACAAUCAAAAUGGGCCCCACGGGAAAUGAAACGAAUAUGUCACAGAACUGAAAAGAAACAAACUUCGAUGUUAAAUCUUUGAAAGUAGAGAAACAGACCAUUAGAAACACUUGUGGUUGCUUGUUGCGUAAUUAUUUCUUCAGUAAUUAAGGUAAUAAGCUUAUUUAUUCUGUUAUCUUAAGUGGUAAAAGGUCAUUUACAACCAUUUCCAUUGCACUACACACUGACAAUUAUAGUCACCUUCACUGCAUCAUUACAAAGCAGAACAUUAUGACACGUUUUGACUGUGAGUCUGGUCCUUGCAUCAAUAUAUACCCAAGGAGAAAGUGAGCAGAUCCUGUAUUCAUGUUGAAAUGCAGUGGUUGGCUCUUUGUGCACUUCUUAUAGGAUGAAGUGUCUCUUUGGAUGGCCGAAAAAGACUUCAUCGCAGCAGCUGAAUGCCAAGUCUCUCCUUCAAAGUGUUGCAAGAGCCCUGAAGAGGCAGCGCAUCAUCACCUCAGUAUAAAAGUGCUGCUCCCUGCUUGAUUGUUAAUUACUGUUGUUAGUAUUAUUACUUUAUUUUUUGAAAACCUGUCAUUGAAGGUUACAGUAAUUUGCAUCACAGUUUGGCUUAGAAUAACAAUUACUCCACAGGUUUUUGCUCAUGUGCCAAGAAAUUCAAGAUGUAGUGCUUGAGUGAUUAAUGAACAAUGGGAGAACUUCAAGAGAACAAUUAGUAAUUAUAUUGAAAAUGUGACAUGCACUUUAUUUACGUGUUGAACUGUAAGUCAAUUAAUCAUAAAACCUUUAUGUCUUUAGCAUCAAAUAUCUUUGUACAUUCUGAUGAAUUAUAGUAAAUAAAAUGAAACUGCUUACCUAACAACAAACCACAAACAUACAUGACUGCUGUUAUGUAACAACAUGAAGCUGGUAUAUCCAGUUAUCAGGUGUCCCUCACAAAUCUCGAAGCCUCAACUGUGGAACUCAUUCAAAACUGGCUGUGUUACAUUUCUAUUCUAAUAAUCAGGGCUCUGACUCCUCCUACCAAAACCAGCAGAGCUUUUGUUUAAUAUGUGUUUCCUUGACCUGGUUUCCGUGUGCCAAGAAGAAGUGUCGAUGGGCAACGUCUUCAUUUCCUGAGACUGAAAAGCAAAAUGACAGCAGCUAAUUCCAGUGUGCAGGAUUCUUACAUAGAUGGUAGCCUGGAGAGAUUUAAUCAUUUUAAAAAAGAUGAGUUUGAAAGUGACUGGGAGAAACUGGCUGAGCGCAAGUUUGGUCGAGUCUAUAAGGUGAAGGUUAAAGUCUGGCGGGAAACAUGUGCCCUAAAGACAACGACUAAUGAUUACAGGAACAUGAUACAGAUGUCCAAAAUUGGAAGACUGGAGUUCAGCUAUUUAAUCUCCAUUUAUGGAAUAAGCAAAGAUCCACCUGGUUUAGUGAUGGAAUAUAUGAGAAAGGGAUCCCUGGACAACCUCCUCAGCAGUCAUUUAUUAAUGUGGCCCAAGAAGUUCCAAAUGAUCCACGAGAUGACGAUGGGCAUGAAUUUUCUGCACAGCAUGAAACCACCCAUCCUUCAUUUGAACUUGAAACCAGCCAACAUUCUUUUUGAUGAUCAUCUGCAUGUGAAGAUUUCAGAUUUUGGCCUCGUUAAAUGGGAGGAGUUUUCAGGUAAGACAGAGUUUAUUGAACACCUGACAGCUCGAGGGAACAUAAACUAUGUGCCUCCAGAGACCUUUACCCAAAAUCCAGAAGCUCCUGGAACGAAGUAUGAUGUUUACAGCAUUUCUAUUAUUAUGUGGGAAAUUCUCACUCAGCAGCGUGCAUAUCAAGGUCUGAAUAUGACAGAAAUAUUAAUCAGAGUGUCAUCUGGCAAAAGGCCUGGUGUAGAGAAGAUCCCUGAAGAAAAGCCCCCUGAGUGCGAGGACAUGAUUGGUGUCAUUCAGCAAUGCUGGCACCAAAAUUGCACCAUGCGACCGGCUUUCUCUGAGACUGUUCGGUUGACUGAAGUCCUUAACGAAGUCCUAAAAAUCCCAGACAUGAAUGCAAAGGGUGAGAUAAGAAAGCGUCUGCCUGAACAGCCAAAGAAAACAGCUGACUCCUCAGACGAUUCUAGCAUUCACUCUCUCCUUGUAAAGAAAGACUUUGAGAAUUUUAAGAAAGUUCUGCGAAAAGAGCAUGUGUCUAUGCUCUUCCAAGACAACAACUCUCUCCUUCAUCACGCCGUGGCAAGCGGGGACACAGAAAGUGUGCAGAUGGUCUUGAAUCUGGGAGCCUCAGUGAACUGCCAGAGUGCAAAAGGCUACACCCCACUCGUUGUUGCAGUUCUGCACAAGUUUUACGAGAUCUGCAGCUUGCUGACAGACUGUGGGGCUGACGUCAACCUCAGCGAUGGCGACCAGUGGACCGCGCUGCAUUUUGCCGUACAGGCUGGCGACGACAGAUCCGUUCGCCUUUUGUUAGACAAUAAGGCGAGAGCGGAUGCUAAGGAGAAGGACGGUUGGACGCCUUUGCAUCUAGCUGCUCAGAACGGCCACGAGCACAUUGUGAGAAUCUUGCUCCGACGCCUGGAUGACAUGGAUGAGCAGGAGCGGCAGUCUGGCCGUACGCCGCUUCAUGUGGCUUGCAUUUAUGGUUACGUGAACAUUGUCAAACUCUUGCUCAAAAAUGGAGCUGACGUUAACAAACCAGAUAACCUUCAAUCCACUUCUCUACACUUGGCGGCAGAUGAGGGGCACUUCAGGGUGGUCCAUUUGCUGGUUAAUAAUGGGGCUGAUGUGAAAACAGUCAAUGAGCAAAGCUACAGUCCCCUACAUUUUGCCGCUCUGAAGGGUUACACAGGUAUCUGCAGACUCCUUUUGAGUAAAGGACUCGACCCCAACAUCAGAACUUAUCAGAAUUGGACAGCCAUGCACCUGGCAGCCCUGAAAGGCCAUCCGGAGACUGUCCUCAUUUUGGAGGAGCACCAUGGCUCAGUCAACGUCCAAGGGAAAGACGGCUGGACUCCUCUGCACCUUGCCUGCCAUCAUGGGCAGGAGGAGGUGGUGACGGUGCUGCUAACAGCAGGUGCCAACCCUAACCUGGCCGAGGAUAACGGCUGGACACUCCUCCAUUUAGCCUGUAAUAGUAGCUGCUUCCCCAGCGUUCUGCAUCUGAUAUCUCAUCAUGCCAAUGUGAACGCCCAGAACAACAGCCAGUCAACGCCACUGCAUUUAGCUGUCCAGCUCAGCAACAUCCCCAUCAUCAAAGCCCUGCUGUUGAAUAAUGCACAGAAGGAUAUUCAGGACUCGAAAGGAUGUACCGCCUUAACCGUGGCUCAACGGUGCAACAAUACAGAGGCCGUGGAUCUACUGAACAGCUAGCACACUGGUUGAGAUCUUGGCAGAGAGCGAGCCAUGUUUGGUGACAAACAACUCCACCAUUAGAGGUAGCGCAGCAUUGAUUUCUGCUAUUGAUUUCCUUUCUCCUGCAAAGCCUGUUCUUAUAAACAGUCUCGCUGUUGUUUGUGAUUUAGAUUCCUAGAAUUUAACACUGUUGUUUGGGUUUGGUUAAGAGCUCAGGUGUGUUCUCUGAAUGGAAGAGUUAUGAAUGGAGGAUUUUAUGAAUGUAGCAGCAUGUAGUGGAAGUCAACAUAAAAUCUAAAUUGAGUCAGUUUAUUUAUCUUGAAUGAUUCAUCAGGGCAUGUUAUUCCUAAGAAGACAAUUGUUUGUUUUUGCAAUAUUUAAUCAAAAUGUGCUCCAACACUGAAAUGUCUUUCUAUAUCCGUUUAGUCACUUAGGUUGCACAGGCUAUUGAAUAAUGUUAAAGGGAUAAUUUACCCAUAAAUUAAAAUUCUGUCAUCAUUUAUUCAUACUCAUGUCGUUCCAAACCUGUAUGACUGUAUUUCUUCUGUGAAACAUUAAAGAUGAUAUUAUGAAGAAUGUUGGUUACCAAAAUGUUUUGGUGACCAUUAACAUUCAUUUAUGGAGAAACAAAAAAGCAGACAUUUCUCUAAAUAUCUUCUAUGUUCCACAGAAGAAAGAAAUUCAAUGUAACAUCAUUAAGGUGUGUAAAUGAUUUACUCUAUCCGCACACAUUUUUUUUCUCUCUGUAUAUCUGAUUUAAUUUGAAAACACAUCAUUUUAGAGGAGUAAAAUAAGUUAUGAAUGCUAAUUCAUAUUGACAAAAUUGUCUACCACAAAGUGUUAUUUUGUCUUAUGUAUUUAACAUGAUUCAAUGCAUUCAUACUUGCAUGAAUUCCACUACUGUCAGACAUGUGUACAGUAAUAUCAUAGUAAAAAAAAUCAUAACCAUUCAUAGCAAUCAAAUUGCAUGUUGCUUUCACAAACAAAGGCCAAAAAAACCUGUUUGACAACAUACUUAUAGCUUCCCAGCAGGCUUCCGCUCACGUUCGACAGCUUUGUCCUUAACACAAAGAAAAAAAACCUGUAUAGUGGAUCC